AAUUGAUCGGCGCUACUAAGCUCCGGCGAUGGAAGGCGGCAGCGACGGCGACGAUGGCAAAACCUUCUUAUUGAACUCCAAUUCGUCGUCUUCUUCAGAAUCAUCGCCGAUGAUUGAGAAACAAGUCGGUCGUAGAGAUUAUCUAAGAACAGUUCGAAAAUACGAAAUUAUUUUAUUCAGAAGAAAGAUCCGGAGGCGUAUGGACGGCGCUGGCUCAUAUAACGACGGCAGCGAUCGGCUCCGGAGUGCUGUCACUAGCGUGGAGCAUGUCGCAGCUAGGAUGGAUCGCCGGUCCGAUUACCAUGCUCGUCUUCUCAGCGCUCACCUUAACAUCCGCCUUGCUUCUCUGCAACUGCUACAUGUCGCCGAAUCCAAUCGAUCCCCUGCUGCUGCCCUACCGCAGAAACGCCUCCUAUGUAGACGCCGUCCGAGCAAUUCUAGGUAAGAAAAAUGCUUGGCUAUGCGGUGUUGUUGUUCACAUAAAUUACAUCAAGACAGGGAUAGUCUACACUCUCACAUCCUCCUUCAGCAUGAGAGCAAUACAGAUGUCGAAUUGUUACCAUACUAAAGGCCAUACAGCCGAUUGCGAAUUCGAAACCACUCAUUAUGUGCUUCUUUUUGGAUUUGUGCAAGUUAUAAUGUCUCAAAUUCCUGAGUUUCGGAAAACCUCGUGGCUUUCCAUUGUUGCGGCGAUUAUGUCAGUGGUAUAUGCAACCAUUGGAUCUGCACUUGGCUUGGCCAAAACAAUAGAGAAUGGAGAAAUCAAAGGAAGCACUGGAGGAGUUCCAGCGUUCAGUGCUGCCGAGAAAACAUGGUCGAUUGCUCAGGCAAUCGGCGACAUCGCCUUUGCAUCCCCCUACUCUCUUAUUUUCCUCGAGAUAAUGGACACAAUGAAGUCAAAUCCGCCUGAGAAAGUGACGAUGAAGAAGGCCUCCCUGGCGGCAGCCACCACCAUCGGCGGCUUCAACUUGUUAUGUGGAGGAUUAGGCUACGCAGCGUUUGGGAACUCGACUCCCGGAAACCUCUUGACAGGAUUCGGUUUCUACGACCCCUAUUGGCUCAUCGACUUCGCCAACGCGUGCAUUGCCCUGCAUCUUGUCGGCGGAUAUCAGGUGUAUACGCAGCCACUUUAUGCGAGCGUCGAGAAAUGCUUCGACAUGAAGCAAAUGCCGGUAGGAAAGCUGAAUCUCUUGAGGCUGUGCUACCGGACGGCGUAUGUCGGAUUGACCACCGGAGUUGCGGUGAUGUUCCCAUACUUUAACCAAGUGAUCGGAGUGGGCGGAGCGGUGACGUUCUGGCCGGUGGUGCUGUAUUUUCCGGUGGAGAUGUAUUUGGUGCAGAAGAAGAUAGGGGCAUGGAGAGUGGAGGCAAUAGUACUGAGGAUGUGCAGUUUGAUGGGGCUGCUGGCGAUGAUCUUUGCAUUUGUUGGAUCAAUCAAAGGCCUCCUUGCAGCUAAGUUCAUCUAGUAAGUAAUUACUACUUUGCUUGCUUGCUUAUCUAUAUUUAAUUUCAAAUUAUGUGUGUAUAUAAUAUAUUGAUUUGCAAGAAUUUAUCAAAAAAUUAAUGAGGAUGCAUUGCUUUCAUCUACCUGCUACCCGAAAAUACGGACUCGUAAACUCUCGGUCAAAUUAGUCUGUAUUACAUAUAUGUUUGGUUGCAUGUUGGGAAGUGUAGUUAGGAGUUAGUUUUAUUAUUGAGUAACGAAAUGUUAUUUACUUGUAAAUUAUUGUUAUUUUUAAUUUUGAAUGUACUAAAAUAUUUGAGUUUU